AUGAUCUUGUCAGCUUUUAGUGAGUAUUUUUUGGAAAUAUUUCAAGACAUUCCCACGACUUCGAAGAUCAACGAAGUAAAUAUCAAAGACAUCGAAGCUUCGGCUCUAAAAGUAAUUAUAGAUUACAUGUAUUCAGGUUCGAUUGAACUGAAUUUGGAAAAGAUUGAGAUCAUUUUACGAGGUGCUGUAUUUCUUAGAAUGAAACACCUUGUUGAUGGUUGCAUUGAUUUUCUGUACAAAAAUCUUAAUAAUAGUAAUUGUUUGCAUUGGCUACAAUUGGCAAACGAACUAGAUUUAUCUGGGAUUUAUGAAAAAUCUUUUAACUUAAUUUACUCGAAUUUCAAGGAAGUAACUAAAGGAACUGAGUUUUUGCUUCUGAGUGAAUCUGAACUCAAGGAUAUUCUUUUUACUAAGAAUUCUUGUAAUGACUUGGAAGAGCAAGUAUUUCUAAGUUUGGUUGCUUGGACUGAAUAUGCCACAGCUAAGCGACAACAUCUUUUAUUUGAAUUACUCUCGUUGGUUCGCUAUCAAUUUCUUACACCAAAGCUUAUCAGCGAAAAUAGAAAUUUGGUUUGUGUAAACUUUGAAAACUGUCAGUUGAUUCUCAGUUGGCUUCAUUUCCAUUUGUCGCCAGAGUCUAGGACAGAUGAAGAAACAAAAAUUGCAUUAAUUUCGAAAACUAGCUCUGAGCUAAAUAUAAACUCACAAGAUACUGAAAUUGCAGUUGUUCAUUUAAACGACGAUUAUGAAGCUGAAAUACGAAGCUACAAUCCAACAUCAAAGAAAUGGUCUGUAGAAAACCGAUCAAUUCCGUGUUCUGUACAAAAAAUCGUAUAUAGCCCAAUUGUGAUUGACGAAAAACUAUUUUUAGUAGGAGGAGCACUCAGAAACGCAACAGUGAAAAGCACUAUUGAAUGUUUAGAUUUGAAAACUUUAAAUUGGUCUGAGUUGCCCCCGAUGCGAGUUGCUAGAAGUUCCAGUCAGUUGGCAAAUUUAAAUGGAAAUUUGUGUGUCUUUGGUGGCUUUGCUGACUAUGAUUGUACCAAGUUUAUUGAUUCGGUGGAGAUUUUCAAUUUCUCAUCACAACGAUGGACUGAUUUGGCAACACUUCUUCAGCCAAAUGCAAUACAGAAAAUUGUUGGUAAUAACGGUAUUUUGUACAUUUUUGAUUUUCAUUACGGCUGUUUGCAAUGUUAUGAUGUCUCAACAAAUAAAUGGACUUCAAAGAAACUGCCUGUAGAUGAUGUUAAAGAUGAAUUCCGUACUAUUGGGGACGAUAAUUUUUUGUAUUGCAUCAUUGGUGUAGAACAAGCACCGGGAAAGGAAUGGAUUUCCUAUAAGAAUCUUACAUUUAAACGUUACGAUUUAACCAAUGAUACCUGGUGUGAAGUGGGUGUUUUACAAAAACAAGGACACCUUGGUCUAAUGGUAUCAAUUAAUGAAAAUAAAAUUUUGUUUGUCAACGGAAAUGGUCAUAUCACAGAGUAUGAACUUGAAACUACAAAAAUCAAAAAUAUCCCUUCAUCUGCAAAAUAUUUGUAUCAUGCUUGUAUUUUUCCUUUUAAUUUAUAA